CACGUUGAGACAGCCGCUGCCUCUCCGCAAGGUUCCCUCCUCCUUCACCUCCCCCUCCCUGCCCCACACAAUACCCAGGAGCUUGCCUUGCUGGGCUCUGGGGCCAUGCUGACAUGCUGACAUUGCCCCCUGAGGACUUGGCUGCCACCCCAGAGUCCCCAGGGUGCCCUGGAGCCCUGGACUGUGCUGGCAGCUGGACGGAGCUCCCUGGCUGAGGUGGAGGCCGACACACUCCUGACCUCCCUGCUGGGACCUGCCUCCAGCUUCACCUCCCUGGGAAGCCUUCUACGUCCCCUCUCCCCACAAUCACCUAGCCUUCUCCUCUGAGGCCUUAACUGGGGGUGCUCCUGCUGCAAAGCCUCAAUGUUUUGCUUCCUUACCCCUGCAAGUGAUGGGAAGAAGGGUCCCUCCCUGCCCUCCAGGGACUUCCAGAACCCAAAUGCAAGAAUCUCCCUCCCAAAAUACAAGGGGGUAGGGGGCAUGUGUACAUGCUGCAUAUGUGUGCCCCCAGAAGCAAGGAGGACUUGUGUGUCAAGGACUCCUGAUUCCUGCAGAGAAAGAGACCUGUCUGCGGGCAGGGGCCUCCUUCCGCACACUCCUGCAAUGUAAUGUCUGUCUCAGCCUCGCUCCUUCCUCUUCCCCAUCGGUGUAAAGGACCGAGCCGCCUUCUGUCUAGAGAAAGACUGAUAAAAAUACUACCCUAUUUGCCAGAUGAGGAAACUGAGGCUUAGGGAGACUUGCUCAAAUGGGCACUCUUCAGGUUAGAGGGACAGAGGCUGACGGUACAAACCAGAGUGGCCACUGUAGAGAGGGCCCCUUUGGAGCACCUGUCCCCUUCUUCCCACCCUCCCAGGUGGUGGGGGUGAAGGGAGCAGGGAGAAGCAGUUGAGAAGCUGUGCAGAGAGACUGGGGCCUGCCACAGACCGAGCCAUCUCUCACUGGGUCCUCUUCUCCCUUCCUGCCUCCAGCAGUGACUGACACUAUCACUGUUCAGGCCAAGGCUUUCUCUGUAAGUGCACUAGGUAUUUCAGCCAUGGAGCAGUUACCUAUGACCUCCUCCAGGAAGUCUUCCUGGAAUACCCAGGUUGAAUUGAGUCCAGCACCCUCCUCCGAUGGCUCCUCUGGCUUGGCUCUUGCCAACCUGGAUUGUAACUGUUUUCGUUUUUGGCUCUGCUACUAGACUGGCAGCCCAUGGGCAUGACAUGUUUGUCCAUCUGUCUCCCUGGGUUUUUCUGGGCUUCAUCUGUGUCUCUGAGGAUCUGGCUGGUCUGAAAUUGUCAGUGUCUCUGUCUCCAUCUCUGAGUCCCUGAAUGUCUCAGCAUCUGUGGUUUUUCUGUUUUUGAGUGUUUUGGGGUCUUGGUUUCUGGGUUGCUGGCUAACUGGUCUCUGUUUCUCUAGGUCUCUCUCAGUCUUCGUCUCCUGGCUUUCUUGGUCCUGCCAGGCUGGGCACUGCCCCUUUGGCCUGAGGGGGCCUCUGGGGGGUCCUGGCUGCCUGGCCUGCCCACAGCGAGGCCACGCUAGGGUAGGCCCCCGCCCAGCCCGCUGCCUGCUCCCUCCCUCUCUCCCUGCUUGCCUCACCACAGGGUUUGAUGAAUCAAACUCUUUGUCUGGGUGGGAUCUCCCCCAGCCGGCUGGGCAGAGAGAGGGCUUCCCCUGCCAGAGCAGCCAAACAGCAUCAGCAAGCGGGCCUGGGCCUGGAGAGGCCCAGGUGGGUGGCAGAGCAAAGGAGGAAUGGACUGUGGGCCACCUGCUACCCUCCAGCCCCACCUGGCUGGGCCACCUGGCACUGUCCGCCGCCCUGUAGCCGUGUGCCAGCAGGAGAGUCUGUCCUUUGCAGAGCUGCCCGCCCUGAAGCCCCCGAGCCCAGUGUGUCUCGACCUUUUCCCUGUGGCCCCAGAGAAGCUUCGGGCUCCUGGCAGCCGCUGGUCCCUGGGGACCCCUGCCCCUCUCCAAGGGUUGCUAUGGCCAUCAUCCCCAGGAGGCUCAGAUACAGAGAUCUCCAGUGGGGGGAUGCGGCCCAGCAGGGCUGGCAGCUGGCCGCACUGUCCUGGUGCCCAGCCCCCAGCUCUGGAGGGACCCUGGGGUCCCCAGCACCCACAGCCACAGCGCCGGGCCAGCCAUGGCUCGGAGAAGAAGUCUGCCUGGCGCAAGAUGCGGGUGUACCAGCGUGAAGAGGUCCCCAGCUGCCCUGAGGCCCACCCUGUCUUCCUGGAGCCUGGCCAGGUAGUGCAAGAGCAGGCCCUGAGCACAGAGGAGCCCAGACCGCUGGAACUGUCUGGGUCCACCCGAGUGAGUCUCGAGGGUCCUGAGCGGAGGCGAUUCUCAGCCUCGGAGCUGAUGACCCGGCUGCACUCUUCUCUGCGCCUGGGGCGGAAUUCAGCAGCCAGGGCACCCAUCUCCGGCUCAGGCACUGGUGCAGUCCGGGAAGGGAAAGCAUCUGGAAUGGAGGGGCGAAGUGCAGAGACGAGUGGGGAUGGAGUGUUGCGGCCAGCCCCUGGUGACUCAAGAGAGGGCCAUGGUGGUUGGCACGAGCCCAGGCUAGACAUGCAGGAAGAGCUGCCUUUGGGGUCCAGGAGCACCAACGAGCGGCGCCAGUCUCGAUUCCUCCUUAAUUCCGUCCUCUAUCAGGAAUACAGCGACGUGGCCAGUGCCCGCGAACUGCGGCGGCAGCAGCGGGAGGAGGAGGGCCCGGGGGACGAGGCCGAGGGCUCGGAGGAGGGGCCGGGGCCGCCGCGCGCCAACCUCUCCCCCAGCAGCUCCUUCCGGGCGCAGCGCUCGGCGCGAGGCUCCACCUUCUCGCUGUGGCAAGACAUCCCCGACGUGCGCGGCAGCGGCGUCCUGGCCACGCUGAGCCUGCGCGACUGCAAGCUGCAGGAGGCCAAGUUUGAGCUGAUCACGUCCGAGGCCUCCUACAUCCACAGCCUCUCGGUGGCUGUGGGCCACUUCCUGGGUUCUGCCGAGCUGAGCGAGUGUCUAGGGGCACAGGACAAGCAGUGGCUGUUUUCUAAACUGCCUGAGGUCAAGAGCACCAGCGAGAGGUUCCUGCAGGACCUGGAGCAGCGGCUGGAGGCAGAUGUGCUGCGCUUCAGCGUAUGCGACGUGGUGUUGGAGCACUGCCCGGCCUUCCGCCGAGUCUACUUGCCCUAUGUCACCAACCAGGCCUACCAGGAGCGCACCUACCAGCGCCUGCUCCUGGAGAACCCCAGGUUCCCUGGCAUCUUGGCUCGCCUGGAGGAGUCCCCCGUGUGCCAGCGUCUGCCCCUUACCUCCUUCCUCAUCCUGCCCUUCCAGAGGAUCACUCGCCUCAAGAUGUUGGUGGAGAACAUCCUGAAGCGGACAGCACAGGGCUCUGAAGAAGAAGACAUGGCCACUAAGGCCUUCAACGCUCUCAAGGAGCUGGUGCAGGAGUGCAAUGCUAGCGUGCAGUCCAUGAAGAGGACAGAGGAACUCAUUCACCUGAGCAAGAAGAUCCACUUUGAGAGCAAGAUUUUCCCGCUGAUCUCUCAGGCCCGCUGGCUGGUUCGGCACGGGGAGCUGGUUGAGCUGGCACCACUGCCUGCAGCACCCCCUGCCAAGUUGAAGCUGUCCAGCAAGGCCGUCUACUUACACCUCUUUAAUGACUGCUUGCUGCUCUCCCGGCGGAAGGAGCUAGGGAAGUUCGCCGUUUUCGUCCAUGCCAAGAUGGCUGAGCUGCAGGUGCGGGACCUGAGCCUGAAGCUGCAGGGCAUCCCUGGCCACGUGUUCCUCCUCCAGCUCCUCCACGGGCAGCACACGAAGCACCAGUUCCUGCUGAGGGCCCGGACGGAAAGUGAGAAGCAGCGAUGGAUCUCAGCCUUGUGCCCCUCCAGCCCCCAGGAGGACAAGGAGGUCAUCAGUGAGGGGGAAGAUCGUCCCCAGGUUCAGUGUGUUAGGACAUAUAAGGCACUGCAGCCGGAUGAGCUGACCUUGGAGAAGACUGACAUCCUGGCAGUGAGGACCUGGACCAGUGACGGUUGGUUGGAAGGGGUCCGCCUGGCAGAUGGUGAGAAGGGGUGGGUGCCCCAGGCCUACGUGGAAGAGAUCAGCAGCCUCAGUGCCCGCCUCCGAAACCUCCGUGAGAAUAAGCGAGUCACAAGUGCCACCAGCAAACUGGGGGAGGCCCCUGGGUGAGGGGCAGCCACGGCCUGGGACCCCACCUCCAUGCCCAACUCCUAGAUGGUCCUGGAGGGGCCUGCAGUGUCUCCACUGCUCCCCAAGCUGCUGCUGCUGGCACUUCGCUUCUGUGGCCUUGACAUUGAGGGCACAGGCUGGACACAGGAAUGGGGGCGCCUCCAGAGGGUCUCUUUGUCCUCAUGCUCCUCAAUGUCCACACUUCAAGGCCAAGGGCAGUUUCUUCCUCCGACAUGGGGACCAUAACAGGGGACCACUGAUACCUGGCAGGGACUGGGGCCCUCUCCAUUCUGUGCCCUCAAUCCUGCCUGACUCUUGGUCCUUCCCCAGGCAGGGACCUGGCUGGGGAACAUCCUGGUGCUGGUGGUGCUGGGACCUAUAUAUAUUUAUGUAUAUCUGGGGUCUUGUCUACCACCUCCCCUGGCCAGAGCCCGAGUGGGUGCUGGUUGCUGUGUCUUGUCUGUAAAUAAACUCUCAUGCCUUUGCUUGGA